AGAUAUCAUCUCCAUCUUGUGGCAACAACGAACCGGCCAUGAAUAUUACUCCGUUUAUACUCUUGGCCUCACUUCUGCUUCCGCUUUACGCAUCAUCGGCGGAAGAACAUCAGAACUCAAACGCCAACAACAACGGUGGAGACACCAUCGUGUUCACCACACUAGGACGAUCCCGCUACGAAUUCGACAUAUUCUCCCUCUCCACCACCCAUCCGCCUUCUCCCUCCGGAGAGCUUCGGAUAACCGACGGCGAAUCGGUGAACUUCAACGGCUACUUCCCGUCUCCUUCUCCUGCUCUCAUCUCUCUACUCCCCGACGACGGCGCAGCCCUAAUACAACCUGGAGACGACUCGUCUCCUCCUCCUCUCCAUCUCAUCUACGCCACCGAGAGAAACGGUACUUCCAGCAUCUACUACGAUCUAGUUCACAGCGGAGGUUCUGAUUCUAGAGGGAAACGACGAUCGAUGUUAGAAUCACCGUCUCGACGAGUCCAGAUCCCGUUGCUAUCCAACGCCGAUCAUAACCAUCGGAGUGGCAAUACGGUAAAUUCGUUCAAAGAUAAACCUAGUUUGAGCGGGGAGUUUCUCGUAUACGUGUCCACGCACGAGGACUCACGUGAGCCGAGGACUAGCUGGACUGCUGUUUACUCCACCGAGCUGAGAACCGGUUCGACUCGGCGUCUGACGCCGAGUGGAAUCGCCGAUUUCAGCCCCGCGGUGUCGCCUUCCGGAAACUGGACCGCAGUGGCUUCGUACGGAGAGAGAGGAUGGACAGGGGAAGUCGAGGAGCUCAGCACGGACAUCUACGUGUUCUCGACUCGCGACGGCCAUCGCCGUGUCAAGGUCGUGGAGCACGGCGGUUGGCCGUGCUGGGUGGAUGAUUCGACUCUGUAUUUUCAUAGAAGGAGCGACGACGGAUGGAUCAGCGUUUUCCGAGCGGUUUUGCCUGAGAGUGGAGCGUUGAGUGUAGAGUCAGUGAACGUUCAGCGAGUUACCCCGCCUGGAGUUCACGCUUUUACACCUGCCACGUCACCGAACAACCAUGAGUUCAUAGCUGUUGCGACGAGGAGACCGGGGAGUGAUUACCGCCACGUGGAGCUGUUUGAUCUCAAGAGGAGGGAGUUUAGAGAGUUGACUCGUUUGGUGGCGCCGGAGAGUCACCAUCUGAACCCGUUCCUCUCCCCUGACGGGUCAAGAGUCGGUUACCAUAGCUGCAGAGGACAGCGUAAUGGAUACAGAAGUUCUCUGCUUUUUCUCGAGAACAUACAGACCACAACGAGUGAUCUCUCUCUGUUCAGAAUCGACGGUUCGUUUCCUUCGUUCUCUCCCGCGGGUGAUAGGAUCGCGUACGUGAGGAUGCCUGGCGUGUAUGUGGUGAACCCCGAUGGUUCGGGGCAGCGUGAAGUGUACGAUGGGAUGGCGUUUUCCACGGCUUGGGAUCCGGUUAGACCGGGGAGGGUGUACACUAGCUCAGGUCCGACGUUUGCUACAGAGAGAACAGAGGUUGAUAUCAUCUCCAUCGACGUUGAUGCGGUGGACAAGUCUUCUUCGGUGAGAAGGCUGACGACAAACGGGAAGAACAAUGCAUUCCCUUGGCCGUCUCCCGACGGGAAGCUGAUCGUGUUUCGUUCGGGGCGGUCCGGUCACAAAAACCUCUACUUGAUGGAUGCUGAGAAAGGAGAAACCGGUGGUCUUUGGAAGUUAACGGAAGGUGCGUGGACAGACACUAUGUGCAGCUGGUCACCUGAUGGGGAAUGGAUCGCGUUUGCGUCGGAUAGAGAAAGCCCUGGCUCGGGAAGCUACGAGCUGUUCUUGAUCCACCCGGACGGAACAGGGUUAAGGAAACUGAUACAGAGCGGCACUGGUGGGAGAACGAACCAUCCGAUCUUUAGUCCCGACAGUAAAAGCAUUGUCUUUACAUCUGAUUACGCUGGGAUAUCAGCUGAACCGAUCUCGAACCCUCAUCAUUACCAACCGUAUGGUGAUAUCUUCACGGUGAAACUGGAUGGGUCUAACUUAAGAAGACUGACGCAUAACUCAUAUGAAGAUGGGACUCCUGCGUGGGCUCCUCGGUUCAUCAGCCCAAGUGACGUGGUGUUGCGCAGGAAGAAUGAUUCGAGUUGCUCAUUCGAAGACUGUCACUGGCUCAAUAAGAACCCGACACUAAAAGGCAGCAAAAUCUCAUGUUAAUAUGUGUAUGAUUAGUUGAUUACACUACCAUUUGAGUAUAUCCUUUGUCAUAAAUAUGUUACUGCUCUCCCUGUAAGAUGUAUUCCAGCUUGUGGAACUCAUAGUUAUAGACUUGUACGAGAGACUGUCGAUGUAUAUGCAUAUCAUAUUGAAUAAUACUGUGUGAUAUAUAUGCACAA